AAGAAUGAUUGCAUAUUUCCCAAUUUUUUUUCAUUCAUCCAGGGCCCAAUCAAAAUAUUCCAGUGUAGAACUUGAAUACGCUUCAAAACGCAUGAAAAUGUGAUACAGGGAGUUUGAUUUAGUAAACGAAAAGCAAUUCAGUCCAGGUGAAUCGCAAGGACCAUAUUUUUUUUUAAAGAUUUUGAUAAAAAUUCGGGGUCUUCUUUUACAUACCACAAAUAGAGCCUUUCAUUUUUUUUUUCAGCAUGGGUCAAGAUCAAUCCAAUCCUUCACGAGCUCGCUCAUCACCGGCCGUAACACCUAGUUCAUCCUCAACGUCUCAUAAUAGUAAAAGCUUUUUACAAAACAAAAUAUUUAUCCAUCCCUCUCAAGACGAUGAAAACGAAGAUCUCGACAGUUCGAGGAUAACGACAGAGGAUGAAGAUGUCCAUGAGGGUAUAAUCCAAGUCGUAAAAGGACCUGGGGAAGAAGAAGAGGAUCCAGAACUGACGUUGUUACGGUCCAUCAAAAGAUUCGAACCGUUUGUUAAAGAACAAGAUAAAAGUUUCAGUCUCGAGCAUCUUUUAGGACUCAAAUCAAACACGAAAUCUACUGUAAAAGACAAUGAUACUUCACUGAAUCCUGCAUUUGAAAUUUACUUUGAACUCCAGGCUCAUUUGAAAGAGCAAAUGACUCGUGUUAAUAAUGAACAACGUAUCUUGUUACGACGAAUUGCGUAUGUGGACGAGCUUAGCACUCAAUCUGCACAAGUCAUCACAUCCGCUUUUAAUCAAGCACAGUCAGCAUCGAAUAGGAUUUCGGAAGCUACAUUGAUCAAGGAACAAGCCGAAAAAACACAGGCCUACGCUAUCAAUAUUUUUAAAUCCCUUACAGCGCUUGAAAAGUAUCUGGAUCCCGAGGAUAUCAUUGGCAAUGAUGAAAAUACAAGAUGGCCAGAGCUGAGCGAACUUCGUCAUCGUGCAUCCAAAUGUAAUGCGCCUUACGAUCGACUCAGUAAAUCCGCUACUCUGAGUGAUCUGACGACCGUUGGCUCAUCCACUUCGCCAUUGCUAGAACGUGUGAUUGUAACAGGUGAACCCGCACAUCCCUUAAAUCAACAAAUAGAGCCAAAUACAGAGGAUGAUCCGGCGGAAUCAUCUACUUCGACAUCCUCCUUGGCGCUUAGUCGAUUAAGAGGACUUUCCUCAAGAACUGUUACCACUGAUGUGUGAAUUCCCUUUUGCCAAAAAAAAAAAAAAAAACCAACACCAUCCAUCCAUUUUCUCUGUAGUAAUAAUAAUAAUAAAAGUGUCAUAUAUCUUUAACAGUUAAGCAAGUAGGCGC